AAAUAUCAUAUAUAAGGUAUCAUACAAAUAACUGCAUCAGUUUUAAUACAGACAUUUAUUAAUCACACAAAUAAUUCCUCAUUAUAACAUUAUCAUGACAUUAAACUGUGGUCACAUGCUGUAAUAGCAAUAUCUAAAAUUAACUACACAAAUGUACUCUAGGUGACAGGUCAAACAAACACCAUUGUGACUGGAAAAUGACAGAUGUGACAUAUAAAGACCCAGUUUAGAUAGAACAAGCUGUACCUGAGAUCCAAACUUACCGAAGCAUGCUCAACGAGAAGAACCACCAAAACAGCUAUGUGAAAAAAACAGAUCAAAUUAUAUCAGACAUGCAUACUCAGGUUUUUCAGAGCUUUGAGAGGAUACUUCAGAAUCUCUGGUUCAUAAAAUACAUUUUUGAACUCAUUCUUGGAGCAGUCUUUUACUUUUUUGAAGCCUUUGUUCGAGUUUUUAUUCCACAUUGCAAGAAAGACGUUGAGGGAGAGAUAGUCUUGGUCACUGGAGCUGCAAAUGGGAUUGGAAAACUGAUCGCCAAAGAACUUGGACACUAUGGAGCAACAUUAGUCUUAUGGGAUAUCAACUCUGAGGCACUGGACAAAACAGCAAAAGAAUUAAAGCAGGUAUUAGAUGUGCGAGUGUAUAAAACAGGAAGUGUUUCUGGACCAGUGUUGUUUACAUCUUGUGAAAUGGUCUAUACCUGUGACUGCAGCCGAAGAAGUGAGAUCUACAAGGCUGCUGAACUGGUUAAAAGGGAGGUUGGAGAUGUGUCAAUCUUGGUGAACAAUGCAGGCAUGGUAACAGGAAAAUAUACUUUUGUUGAAGCCCCUGACAGUCUGGUGGAUAGAACACUAAGGGUCAAUGUUGCUGCUCAUUUCUGGACUUACAAGGCGUUUCUCCCAGCUAUGUUGCAACGGAACCAUGGGCACCUGGUCUGCGUGGCAUCCCAUGGAGGGUUGUUUGCAAUGAAUGGGCUUGCAGACUACUGCGCAAGCAAGUCUGCAGCAGUGAGCUUCGCAGAAUCUAUUGCACUGGAGCUGCUUGUCCUUAAAAAGGAAGGAAUCAAAACAACAAUAGUGUGUCCCUAUCUAAUAAAUACCCAAAUGUUUUGGGGAUGUCAAACAAAGAGACCGUCUUUUCUUCCAGUCUUGGAUCAGAGACAUGCAGCAAAACAAAUUGUGGAUGUCAUACUAAGGGAGAAGACGUACUUGCUGUUACCAUCAAGUCUCCACCUAUUCAUGUUCUUGCAGUCUCAUAUACCUGCCAAACUGGGCAUCAUCUUUGUGAACUUCUUUGGUGGGAUGGAUCUGAUGGAUCACUUUAGAGGAGUUCCUGCCCAUCAACAGUUACAAAAAGCCUCAGUGCCAACGAAAUGACAGUGCCAGUGAUCCACAUGCCACUCUUGUCUAUUACAACUAACAAAAAUUUUCAAAACACUGUAAAUCACCAGUGAGUAAUAUCAGUCUGCUCAAAUGUACCAGUGAACAGAGUACAGAAUUGUUAAUAAUGUUCCUUUUUUCUCUGUGGUCCAUUUGUCUUCAAAUAUAUAUAUAUAUAUAUAUAUAUAUAUAUAUAUAUAUAUAUAUAUAUAUUUUUUUGAGUGUGUGUGGGAUUCCAUGCUGUCAAAGCAAGCUUUCUAUGGACUUCACAAACUGUGAUG